GCCGAACCGCAAUGCACGGCGCCCGCAUCAUAAUACAGUGGACGCCAUCAUCGUCUGCAGACCCUCGCAUACAUUAUCAGACCGCAGUGUAGCACACUCGCGAAGAAUUCUUGAGUAAUUCUGGCCUACAGGAUUGUGUUUGUUUAUUGGAAUGCAACAACGUUGAAGAGAUGGAUGUACAAGCACGCGGUCGUCCGCAAACAGGCACACAUGAGCCCAGAGCGGGGCAACGAAUGGGGCAGCGGCAAGCCCGGUGAGUUUAUUGGCUCAGCAGUAAUGUUGGCGUACCUGAUGCAGACUUAAGAUGAUAACAAGCUGAACGUUGGGAAUACUGCUAGCUUCAGAUAAAGACUGCUGAGGAAGGCAAAGGAUUGAGGCGAUGGGCGAUGAGCUCGCGCCGUCGCCCCAAGCGCGGCCUCCAUGGUGGACUCGGUUGUUUAUGCGCUGUGGCUGCGUGCCCGUAUGGGUCUCGCUCGAGGCACCGGUGCCCGCGGAGAAGGAGAGCUUGCCCAGCACGGUCUCCCCCCUGGGGAAGCGGGUGCAGCUGGCGCGGGGCCUUGCAGCGGGCAAUGCCAGCAACAGCGCCAGCGGUCGCAGUCUCCACAACGGCGUCGUCAACGCAGCCGCAACAGCCGCAGCAGCUGCCGCUGUUGCCGGCGGGACUCUUGACGACGGUGGGGCCGGGGGUGGCGGCGGCAGCGCUGCGCCCACGCCACGCGUCUCGCUCAACGGCGCAGGCGUCAUAUCCUGGCGACGGCCCACCAGUCAGGCCGGCAACGGUCCCGCACCCGCAGGCGUCGCCCGCACCAACAGCCGCAGUGGCGCUGCUUUAGCUGGAGCCUCCCGCCCCAACGGCGGCCUGGGGCUGUCGCCUUUCGGUCGAAGUGCGGCUGAGGCGGAGCGGGCGCUCGCAGGGGCACUGUCAGCUGCGUUCCCCUGCGGUGACGGCGCCGCCGCCGCCGCCGCGACAGGCUACAGCCUCGACGGCUACAGCUCCGGUCAGGCACAGGCGGCGGCGCUACAGCUGCAGCGCUCGAACAGCCGCGGCCUCGCAGGCCACAGCCCAAGCCGCGGUGGUGGCGGCAGCGGUGGCGGCGGGAGCGGCGGCGAGUCGCGUCUUCGCUCCGUGCGUAGCGUGGGUGGCAUGGCGGCGGCUCCAAGCCCAUCUGGGUCGGGACCAAGCCACCGCCGUUCACAGGGCGUCCCGGCGGCCGGCGGCGGCGCCAUGGUUGUAAUUCAGAACCCGCUGCUUGCGGGCGUAGCUCAAAACAUGCCCAUCUAUCGCGGGAGCGGCUCGGGCUGGGAGGCGGGAGUUAACGGCGUGCCUAAGCGAGUGACCGCGCCUUCGGCUACAGCAGCCGCUGCAGCAGCAGCAGCUGCAGCGGCGGCGGCGGCCGCCGCCGCUGAUGGCAACGUCCAAGGUGGCAUAGGCCGGCACAGGUCUGCCGGCGGCGCUGCCCUGCGCGGGGCCGUACGCACGGCCGGUGCCCAGGCAGCGUCGCCGCACUACGACCCAUACGCACGUGCUGUUGCAACAGCGACGGCAGCGGGGGCGUUCCUGUCCACGGCGCCGCCAACGCCCAGCGGCCUGAGCAGCGGCGGCGGUGUCGGCGGCGGCGCCGCGCUGAGCCCCAGCGGCAUGCGCGCCAGCGUCAAUGCUUACACAGCCGCCGCCGCCACCGCAAGCGGCGGCCGCGGCUACCCAGUCAGCGGCGGCGCCACCGCCGGCGACAGCGAGUACGACGACGGCGGCUACGGGGCCGGCGCCGGCAGCCGCCGCUUCCAGGAGCGGCGAAGCGCGCCCCUGUCGCGGCCGCCGGAGCUGCUGUCCGAGCCGCUGCAUCAUUUGCCCGCCGGUGUGCAGCUGGGCCCCCCGGAGUCUCCCACGCCGUACGCCACGCAGGUGUCGCGUGGCGGCUACCCUCUGUCUGGAGACUUCGCCAUCAGCGGUGGUGGCCGCGGCCGCCGCAGCAGCGGCGGCGGCUUGGCGGGCGGCGUGGCGGGCGGUACCACGGGUGGCAGCGGAGCCGUGACCAAGGAGAUCCGACGCUCCGCCACCGCCCACGCCUCCGGCACCUCUAUCCUCGCCAGCCCUCGUAUGCAUUUUGACGCCGCGCUCCAGCGGCUUCGAAGCGAGAAGAACACCGCCAACCCGAACAAGAGCAAGAGCCCGGCGCGUCGGCCCGGCGGCGUCGGCGGCCCCGAGGUGCAGGCAAACGGCGGCGAGACGUCGGGAGCGGAGACAGACGGCGGUCUACGCAGCCCGCCCUCCCGCCGUGGCGCCGGCCCUGGCAACGGCCGCGGCGCGGGACAGGCGUUCGCGAGGAGCGAGUCGCAUAGGCAGCAGUCGGCGACGUCGGCGGCAUCGGAGGCGGCGCAGGCGUACGCGGCGGCACAGGCGGUGAUGCUGGCGGCGCAGCAGCACCACCUCAGCAUGCUGCAAGAGCACCAGCAGCAGCACAACCAGCAGCAGCAACACCAGCAUCUGCAGGCGCAGCAGCACCACCAGCAGCAGCACCAGCAUCUGCGCGCUCACAACCAGGCUCCCGCCGGCCCGCCACAAGACACCUGGGAAGAGCACCACCAGCAACACCAGCAGCACCAACAGCACCAGCAACACCAGCAACACCAACAGCACCAAAAGCCGGCGGGCCAGCGGCCGCCGCGGCUGGAGGUGCCGGUAUCUUUCAGCAGCGGGCCAUUGGAGGUGUGGGCGGAGGGCGAGGAGGGAGGCGGCUCGGGAUCAGCGGCGGCGUCGGCGGGCACUGCCCCGGCCUCACCGCGGCCGCUGCUUAACUACCGGACGGCCUCACGAACGCCGCAGAGCGGCGGCGGCGGCGGCCCUGGCGCGGAAGCCGGCGGCGGCGGCGGCACAGGGGCUGGAGAGGCAAAGGAGGCAGACGACGAGGAGGAAGCCGAGCAGGAGGACGAGGAGGAGGGCAUGUGGGGGGACGCCGGGGAGGACGCCGGGGAUGAUGUGCAGCCGCCAGGGCGCCAGGAUGGGCACCUGCACGAUGGACGCUGGCAGGAUGCGGCGGCGGCGGCGACGGAUGACAGCUGCAGCCGUAGCCGUGACUACACACGUCACAGGCGGCCCUGGGCAGAGCACGGCAACGGAGCGGCCACCGACGCAGAAGACGGUACGGCUGGCGGCGGUGGGCCGCUCGCAGGGCCGUACGACGACGCGGUCGCGUACGGAUCGGAUCCGGCUGGGUACGACACCCAGGGGACAGCGGACGAAGGCGGCCCCGGCAGUGUGUACGGCGAUGUGCACGGCGGUACGGGCCUCGCCAGUGGGAGGGAGGCGGCGGUUACAUUGGCGGAUGAUUAUGGCAGUCCCGCCAGCAGCUUCCGCUCGUACGCCGGCACCGGCGGCGGUGGCGUCAUGUCUGCCGGCUGGCUGGGGCCGGGCCAUGGUCGGGGCCAUGGUCGGGGCCAGGGGCAGGGGCAAGGGGUGGCACAGGGGCAGCCGCAGGGCCCUCUCUCGGGCACAUCGGGUCCUGAGCCUGCCCUGGACGCGGCGUUCGAGUCCGACGGCAGCCUGCGCAGCGCCAACAGCAUUGGCGGCGGCGGCGGCGGCGGCGGCGGCGCCAGCAGCCGUGAGUGCGGCGGCGGCGGCGGCGCCAGCAGCGCCGGCACGAGCGCGCCCGGACGCAGCCGUGACAACGGCUCUGGGAUGGCGGCGGCCGCGAGUGGCGCUGGCGGCGGCGCGCCGACGGCGGCUGCACGAUUGGCAGGCAGUCCGCUCGGACCGAUGCGCGACGCGGCGGCGGCAGCGCGCGCCUACUCGCCUUCUUCGCUGGGCGGUGCCGCUGCCAUCGCCGCCGCCGCGCGCGCUCACGCCAUCCACACACAACACGCCGCCGCCGUCGCCGCGCGCGCGGGCUCGCCGGUGGUUGCGUUGCCGCCGGGCAGCGGCUCCGGCGGCCCGCCCGCUGGCGCCUCGCCGCGGCUUCACACUCGGGUGGUCCGUCGCCAAGCGACGUCGGCGUCUGCGUCUGCGGCGCCGUCUCCAGUUUUGGGAAGCCGACCGGGCAGCGAACUUAACGCCGCCAACGCCUCUGUCGGUGCCCUCGGCCACGACAGCGGCGGUAACAUUCCGCGCCCGCCCAAGGUCAACUCAGGGAACUUGGACGGCUCGUCGUCGUCCCAGCACCAGCAUCGACAUUCCUCCCACCACCACUCGCCGCAACACCCGCGCCAUCCGGGGAACUUGUCGCCACAGCCCCAGGGCCGCCGGUCAGCACAGCCGAACGCCUCGCCGUCAGGCGCCUCCUCCUCCUCCUCCAGGGGCCGCGGCGACUCCCGUGGCGGCGGCAGCGGCGGCGGCGCUGGGCAGGUGCGCCCGGGUUUGGAGCAACUGCAACAACACACGCAAGGUCAGGACCAUCACCACCAACACAACUCACAGCAGCAGCAGCAGCAGCAGCAGCAGCAGCAGCAGCCCCACCAGCACCAGCAGCUGCAGGCGUUAAGGACGUACGGCGGCAUGGAGGGCGUGGAGGAAGCCGUUGCCGCGCUGGAAAGCAACGCCGACCACCUCCACCACCACCAGCAACACGAGCAGCACCAGCACCCGCAGCACCAGCAGUACCACCAGCACCAUGACCCGGACCACGGCGCAGCCGGGGCAGCUUGCAUGCUGUCACCUGCCGAGUUGGAAGCGGCGAUCUGGCAGGCUCGUGAGUCGGCGCUCACGCCCCUAAUAGGCCUCCCGCGCAUGCCCUCAACCCACGCGCUGGAGCAGGACCCAUACGCGGCGGCAGCCGCCGCCGCCGGCGUGCGCCAGGCGAGUAUGAGUCCCGUAGUUGCGGGUCUGAGCCGCGGCGGCAGUGGCCGCGGCGGCGGAGCCGGAGGUGGCGGCGGCGGCCGUGGUGGUGGUGGUGGCGGCGGCAGCGCCUGCGCGCCGUACGUUUACGGCAGCGCGCGGCCAAGCACCAACGGCGGCGGCUCGUUGGCUGGUACGAACGACGGCAGUAUCAUUGCCGGUAUGUACGAGCUGGCGGUUGGCGCGGAUCCCUUCCUGCGCGCGUCAGUUAGCGGCGCUGGCAUGGCUGUUGGCGGCACGGGCACGGGCAUGGGCAUGGCGCUGCCUGGCCCGUCGCCGGCGCACACGCCGGGUAUCCGCAGCCACACCUCCUCGAGGCCGCACAGCCCGUUGCCGCCGGGGCGCAUGAGCUCAGCCGGCGCGCCCGGUGGCGGCGGCAGCGGCGGGAGUGCGCUGUACGCCUCCGCGGCGGCGCCGGUGCACGAUUCCGGCAACGUCAGCUCUGGCGGCGGCAGUGGCGGCGGUGGCAAGCGUAGCCUGGGCAACCUCUGGCGCGCCGCCUCUGCUGCGGCGCUGGCGGGCUCAAACCAGAGCGGCAGUGGCAGCGGUGCUGGCAGUGGCGGCGCCGCCGCCGGCUCGCCGGUUGGGCCGCAGUUCCUGCGGCAGACCAGCCGGCUAGGCGCACCGCGUCACGCCGCCUGUCAUGUGGGCUACCAACCUGAUGACGGGCUGACGAGCCCGCAGCUGUGGCGAACGGGCUCAACUUCGGCCGGCACGCCGCCAGGGCUGAUGAGGUCAGCGAGCGGCAGCGGCGGCGGCGGCGGGCCCCCGGGCGCGGCGUCGGGCAAGUCCGCGACGUCGCAGGCGCCACCGCUUAUGAGUAGCAUAAUGCUUGCGUCGAAGAAGGCGGGCAGGGGAGCGGCGGCGGCAGCAGCGCAGCAGGCACAAUUUUACUAGGUGGGAGAUGCCGACCUGGGCGCAGCGGCUGCAGCGGACUGUUGUACAGAAGGGGAUAGAGGAGCCUGCAAUACGCGGCGCCUGUGCAUGAUGCAAGAAGACUUUGCAGCAGUGCUUGCGUAGUGCGGGCCUACACGGCGCAGGUAGUUCUUGGUGGUGUGAGGUCAGGCAUUCGAAGCUCAUGCGACAGGUAGGCAGACGUACUCGAGGGCUUAGCGUAGGGCAGGGUGACAUAGACACUUGACGGGUGGCCGCGCAAGAACUGGGGCAAAAAGGUAGAUCUGGCUCCGGCUGUGGUGCAGUUUUUCGCAUGUUCGCAGGGCCUGGUGGCGGCGUUGCAGGUGUGAUGAGCUGCAAGAGCUCGCGCGCUCGCGGGGGGAGUCCUGUCCGCUGCGGGAGGGGGGCGGUGUGCAGCAGCAGUCGCGUGUGGACAUAGCCACGGCGGCGGCGGCGGCGGCGGAGCAGCACGAAAGCAUCAGGACCGUUGUUGCCUUACUGCUAUCAUCACUCGGGACACGGCCAUGUCAGUUAGCAACCUUGGCGGGCAUCUAAAGCAUGUACAGGCAUGUACUUAAUGCAUCUCGGGUGCAAUGAUUGUUUGUGAUUUGUGCAGAGAGGGCAGUGAGGCCAGGGAUCAUUGCAACGUAGGCAGUUCAUCGAAAUCGGCAAAUUGCUAUUGUUGGAUGACAAUCAAGGGGGCUUGUCUAAUUGCGCGGCGGCGUGGCAGAGGUCAUGGCUGGGCGAGAGCCAGGUCACGUCACUGCCAGGGAGUACCCUCGUGUAGUCCAUAUUGUCCCAAAGACUGGAAGAGCGUGAAAGCAAUCGCAAUUCAGUGGCAUUGCGUGCGUGCGCGCACCAUCGGCGAUAGGGCUUGUGGAGCAUAACCAUGUGAACAAGUAUUAUUCGGGCAGCGGCAUGCACGGGCGCAUGGUUUGCAACCGUCGCGCGAUUGCGUUAUGAGCUAUGCACAGUGUUGUGUGCCCGUGUGCCUGUGUGGAGGUUCUAGAGUUCUGACACGCGCCACGGGCUUUGCUGUGACGAGGGAACGAGGUGCAAUUGUGAGCCGUUGCUUCAUGUAUACUGUUAAGCGCUACAAAUAACGACGGACAGCAGUUCUUGUGCAAUCUUAGGGCACCACAGGAGUCAGGAGCAUCAGGACACAAGUGCGGGCAACUCUGGCUAGAUUAGAUGGAGCCCAGCCGCCCAGGGGGCCUUAGAGAACGGGUGCGAUGGGGCAGGGUAUGGGGCAGUUUGGCGUUGUCCCGCAGUGUGAAGCGGACUCCUGUAUUCCUUGAUCAAUUUGCAACGUCAAGGCAUGAGCGCGCGGCUCGUAUUAGCGGAGUGCUGUCGAAAACGCGAACGCGA